AAUAAAUUAAAAAUUUUGUAUUGUUCAAUACAUAUGCGUACCGAACCGAAAGCACUGUAUCGAAUGGUUCAAUAUCGAUACGAGUAUUGUUGCACCCCUAGCAACCAACCAACCCGGUGAUGUCGUGUUCUGUACUGGCACAAGAUGGCGCUAAACAAGAUCAAAAAAUGUAAACUUUAAAUAGUUCUUCCUUCAAUCCUCUGAGUUAAAUCUAUGUCAGUUUUUGAGAUAGUGUAAAUUAGCCUUUAUACAUGUAGUGUCUCAUGUAUGCUUUAUUGGUAUUAUUAUUGUUUUCACUCCCCUUUAGCAGUAAUGAGCAGAUACAAUAUUUAUUUUUUUGGCUUGCCGUCCAGUAUUAAUAAUAUAAAAACCCUAUAUGGGGUUUGUCUAAGAUCCCAUUUGCCGUUUCAUUAUUCCGGGCAGCUGUGUGAUAUUUUCUGUCAUAUUAGCUGACAUGUGGAAGACACUACACGACUGUAAUGAUGUAUGUAAAACUUGCAGGUAAUGCAAUGCACAGAGUUAAUGAUAAAUUGUUAUACAUGAUACAUUUUAAGCCAUCCAGUGAUGCUAAAGCAGAGUAGGUUUCUUUCUGCAUAUCUCGGGCUGUUUAUCAUGCACGUGCCAAUGGAUAUACAAGGGACUAUAUAUCAUUAGAUAUAUGUGUAAUAUUUUAAUUUUGUUGCAAAAGCUUUUUUAACAACAGAAGAAUACAAUAUUGAAAAAACAGUGUGCACUACAUUCUGCUACAGAUUAAUGCAAAUGUUGAGAAUUUUAGUUCAUCAGCUACUGUGGGUACAACCUAUAUGGGGUUGUUUGAAUUUUGUGCAAUAUAAUAUAUAAUAUUUGACUUUGCUUUGGAUUGUCUUGUCUGUUGUCAACUGAUGUUAACGAUUACUGAUGUUAACGUCAAUAGUUGUUCUCAGAGCACAGACUUCAUGCCUGUCAUGAAAGAACAGCUUAUUUGAUCGAAGAAAAACCGAAGAAAUAAAUAUUGCGACCAGCCUUAUUUGGAAAUUUGUCCAACGUUUCAUUGGCAUGUUUGUUUCAAUAAAGAAAUGUGUUGCUAUGUGAAAAGUGUUAUCAUUGUUUCAGUAAAUGCGCCCACGGUCAUUUAAAACCAUAAAAGCGUACUGCGCCUCAUUAUAGCGCUUUAUUGUCUAAUAGAAUGCAAAGUAUGAAGGUUUGGUCUUCGCCAUAAACUUACACCAUCACAGUAAGACUGUGACAGUAAGACAUUAACCAGAUGUGUAAAUGAUUGAAUGAAUCGCAGAGCAGCUUCUUUGGGCAGGGAUGUGUUAAGCUAGACGCAGCAAAAUACACCUCAGACUUCGAUCAGAACUUGCUUGAGACAGCUGAAGUAAAGCUCUCCGGGUGUGAAGAGUCACAAGGUUUCAUGUCAGUUUGGCAAAGAGUGGAUGCACAGGGCAGCUUGUGAUGGCAGCACCGCAGGGGCCUUUUUUGGCCGCUGUGUUAGUCCUUGUGUCUUCGCUUCUCUGCUCCUCUUCCUCACCUGCAUGUCUGCAGUCCUGCACCUGUCAGAGUGCUUUCCUGUUGAACUGUUCCUCAGCUGGCCUUUCCUCGGUGCCCCAGCACAUCCAGGACUCUGUCACGGAGCUGGACUUUUCUCAUAACCUCCUCAAAUCUGUAACAUUUCACCAGCCACAUUAUAACCUCAGGAGUGUGUGGCUGGGAAACAACAGUAUCACACGUUUGUCCCUGUGCACUGGAGGAAACCUCGGUGGUCAACAUCUUAGAGAUAAAUAUCGCUCAAGACCUUGGACCAGACGGAAAUGUGUAUCUUGGGCCCCCACCCUGCAGCUGCUCUCUGUUGAGAUGAAUCAGCUACGCCAACUCCCAGAGGGGCUGGAGGGUAUUGAAUCCUUGGAGGUUCUGCAACUCUCUUUCAACAGGAUCUCAACUCUACGACUGGGAGAACUUAGCCAUCUUCAGCAACUGAAAGAGUUACACUUACAACAUAACCUCAUCACAAGUCUCCAUCCACAGAUGUUUCAGGAUUUACCACAGCUCAAAGUCCUAGAUCUGAGCUUCAACAUGUUGACCAGCAUCCAUCCUUUAAUGUACCUCACCCUGCAAAACAUUGGAACAGAAGUUAGGCUGCUUGGAAACAGGUGGCAGUGUGACUGCAGGAUGCACAGUCUAAGACGGCGGAUAGCCUUUGACAGCAACAGAGGCCUGCAGGUCUGGAGCAUCAUGUGUGCUUCUCCAUCCACCCUCUCAGGCAGAGAUCUGCUUCAGCUGCAGGAUGAUGAACUGAACUGCCUCAGUACUGGUAACAUCCCAGAGCUCCAUCAGGAUGUGACAGUCCACAGGGGCUCUGAGAUACUGCUGUCCUGUUCAGCAGAAGACUCAGUGUGGUGGACGCCCAAUGGUCAAAUGUCUGUGAACCAGUCUGAUGGUGGUCUGCUCAUCAGUGACAUCACAGAGAGUGACACGGGACUGUAUGUGUGUGUGUCUAAAGAAAAACAGGUUGUGUCUGUUUUUAACCUCCAAAUCAGUAAAAUAGGUGGUGCAAGAAGAAAACCUAGAAGUUUGUCUGAAACCAGCCAAUACAUAAUCCAAGCAGGCCCCACAAAGAGUGUACGUAAUGGGACAAGUCCAGGAGCUGGAGCAGUUACUCAGUCUGACUUGGCACUGGCUGUGUGUCUAUCUAUUUUCAUCACAUUUCUAAUUGCCUUUAUCCUUGGAGUCCUUGCAAGACCGUGUAUUGAUGCUCUUUGGAAAAGAGUCACCGAAAAGAACAUCAAUACACGGUCCCGUGAAACUAACUCUGCAGUCUCUGUAGAACAAACACAAUAUGACAAUGAGGCCUUUUCCACUGGAGAGGAACUAGAAAGGACAGGACAUCACAGGGAAAGGAGAGUCACAUUUACCACUGUAGACUACAGAGAACAUGGCAACGUACAGUACUAUGAUACUGUAGUCAGUGACAAUCCGGAAAGCAUCAAUAAUGAUGUAGUGAUUGAUUGUGAAGUUAGUGAGGCUCAGAAUAUUAAACAUACUCCUGAAGAUUCAGGAAAUGAAAGUAGCUCACAUCAGAGCAAUUCAGAGGGUAGACUAAAUGAUGGCAGAGAUCACACUACUGCUGGACAUAGGCACAACAUGGAGUUUGAACCCAUCCCAGAUCCUGUUGAACUAGAGGAAAAGAGAAGCCUAUCUUCUUCAAGCUCUGAUUCUUCACUAUCUGAAAAAGAAUUCAAAGAGCACCACACAAUGCCUAAGGCUCCUAAGAUGACAAAGGACCCUUUUCAACAGAAAACUGAUUUCUCAAUACUUACAAAAGAAGAGGUGCCACAAAGAUCACUAGAAGGCAAAAGUAAAAUGCCUGGAUUUACCUCUGAGCCAUGGUCACCACACACAACAGACCCUGGUUAUUUAGAGGAGAAUGAAGAACUAUUUGAAUUUAGUGAUUCUGUUCAAAGUCCAUCUCCCAGGUCAGGCAGUAUAAUUGGUUCUUCUAAUAAGUCAAAACUUACUGUGGCAACCCCUUCCAAAAAACACAAGCGGGAUUCUGUGUCCAGUUCCAGCUCAAACAGCAGUGAGGAUGAGUCUACACUUUACAAAGCCAACUCUGACCAGCAAAUCAAGCCUGCAGUGAAACCAGAGCACUCGUUUUCCUCCGAUUCCAGUGACAGUGAUAAGGAGCCAGACCAGCACACAGUUAAGCUAGAAAUUGAUAAAGAUAGCACAGUGAAAGUUAAACCAAAGCCGCGGACAAAGUGGCGUGAUGUCUAUUCGGAUACCAGUCAGAAUAAGAAUCUGGACGCCAAAGCACCUUCACUAUCUAUAAAAGAUUCAUCCUCUUCCAGCAGUGACAGUGAAGCAGAUUCCAAAGUACACUCAAGUAUAGACAGAAAAAGCCAAAUCAAAGAGCAUUCACACAUCACUGCUCCAUUACCGGAGUCAAAUUCAUCUUCCAGAAGCAUGAGGAAAGAUUCAGAUAUCAAAGAACCUUCAUCAGCCUCUAGUUCAUCUUCUAGUAGUGAAAGUGAUGAUGAAGCAGGCCACAAAGUGCAGCAGCAGCAGCAGCAGUGA